GCCGCCGCGCUCGCCUCCUGCUACGCCCGGGAGAACGUGUCCAAGGAGGAGGCGCUGCUGGAAGCCGCCAGGAUCAACAACGUCUCCGAAGCCAAAAGGCUGCUGCUGGACGGCGCCGACGUGAACGCCAGGCACGGGCUGGGCUGGACGGCCCUCAUGGUGGCAGCCAUCAACAAGAACGCCAGCGUGGUGAAGAUCCUGCUGGAGGCUGGAGCUGACCCCAACCUCGGCGACGAGUUCAGCAGCGUCUAUGAGACUGCCAAGGAGAAAGGCCUGCAUUCCUUGGAAGGUGCCAACCCCCUGCAGAAGAACGACAUGGGCCACACGCCGCUGGAUUACGCCCGCGAAGGGGAGGUCAUGAAGCUCCUGAAAGCCUCCGAGACGAAGUUCCAGGAGGAGCAGCGCCGGAGGGAGGUGGAAGAGCGGCGGCGCUUCCCGCUGGAGCAGCGCCUCAAGGAGCACAUCAUCGGGCAGGAGAGCGCCAUCGCCACCGUGGGCGCAGCUAUUCGGAGGAAGGAGAACGGCUGGUACGACGAGGAGCACCCGCUGGUCUUCCUGUUCUUGGGAUCCUCUGGAAUAGGUAAAACAGAGCUGGCCAAGCAGACCGCCAAGUACCUGCACAAGGACGUCAAAAAGGGUUUCAUUAGACUGGACAUGUCCGAGUUCCAGGAAAGGCACGAGGUGGCCAAGUUCAUCGGCUCGCCGCCRGGCUACGUGGGCCACGAGGAGGGCGGGCAGCUCACCAAGAAGCUGCGGCAGUGCCCCAACGCCGUGGUGCUCUUCGACGAGGUGGACAAGGCGCACCCGGACGUGCUCACCAUCAUGCUGCAGCUCUUCGACGAGGGCCGCCUCACGGACGGCAAAGGGAAAACCAUCGACUGCAAGGAUGCCAUCUUCAUCAUGACGUCCAACGUGGCGAGCGAGGAGAUCGCGCAGCACGCCCUGCAGCUCCGCCAGGAGGCYCUGGAGAUGAGCAAGAAGCGGCUCGCCGAAAACCUGGAGGACGUGCACAUGAGCGACAAGAUCACCAUCUCCAAGCAGUUCAAGGAGAAGGUGAUCCGCCCCAUCUUGAAGGCUCACUUCCGACGGGACGAGUUCCUGGGCAGGAUCAACGAGAUCGUCUAUUUCCUGCCCUUUUGCCACUCGGAGCUCAUCCAGCUCGUCAACAAGGAGCUGAAUUUUUGGGCCAAGAAGGCCCAGGCACGACACAACAUCACCCUGCUGUGGGACAGGGAGGUCAUGGACGUGCUGGCCGACGGCUACAACCUGCACUACGGCGCCCGCUCCAUCAAACACGAGGUGGAGCGGCGCGUGGUGAACCAGCUGGCGGCCGCCUACGAGCAGGACCUGCUGCCGCGGGGCUGCACGCUGCGCAUCGCCGUGGAGGCGGCGGACAAGCGGCUGCUGAAGGCGCCCGCCGCGGCGCCCGCGCCCGCCGCGGCGCCCACGCUGCGCCUCGAGAUCGUGGAGCAGGGCAGCAAGGGGCGCAAGCUGGACAUCCAGGCGCCCCUCAACCCUGAGAACGUCGCCUGCUUCCUGUAGGCGCCCCGCAAUAAAAGGCCCUGCGAGCGGGAGCCGGCGCGGAGCUGCCCUGGGGACGCGGAGGUGACGUUGGGGAGGGGGACGUGGAGCUGGU